AGCCUGCCCUUCAUGCUGCAAUUACCGCUGGCCAGGAGGACAUAGCAUGCUUCCUCUACCGAAGACUCCUUUACAAUUUUUACAGAGACUAUGGCUUCAUUCUUCUUGAAGAGUGUGUAACUAAGAAAAUGUUCAGUAAGAGCUCUAAUUAUCAUUUCUUUUCUUUCUCUUUGCUUUAUAAUUGUUAUUUUACUUUUCUCUAACAAAACUUUUUGAGAUCAGAAAUUGCAUGGGAUUUACUCAACCAUUUUCCAGAGUUGGCAACUAAAGAACCCUCUUAGGGUUACAUGCCAAUCAUUUUAACAGUUGCUAAAACACCACCUCCAUUCUACAGAAGAAGUCAACUUAAAUUUGUGAGAUUGUGGAUAUAUCAUUGCAUACAAGUAAAUGUAGAAUUAAUCAAUCCAAGCGAUGCAGCUCAUGAUGCCUCAGGAGAAGAACCCUCGUGUUAUCAAUCUUGUCUUCAAUUCCUAAAGGCACUACGACGCAAGCCGGUUACAACUCUUUUAAAGAUCCUUGGCAAGUUGGAUACACCUCUUUUAAAGAUCCUUGCAAAACAAACGUAUGAUCUAAAGUCGACAGGUGUGUUUGCUCGUAAGGUUGUAAGUUUCUUAUGUGAGAAAUUGCGAGGUUUACAACAGGACCAAUUUUCGCAAAAUAGAGCAGAGGAAGCUAUCUAUGAGGCUAUUAAGAAUGGAAUCCCAGAUAUUGUGAUUGAAAUUGAACCCACUAAAAAUCUGUUGUGGGCCAGCGCUAGCACUCAUUAUAAAGUUUUAAUAACCAUGGUUGCAUAUGCUAUAGCACAUCGUCAGGAGGAAGUGGCAAAAUAUCUUUAUAAAUAUGGGGCAGAUAUAUUUUAUGACAUUGAUGAAGAUGGAAACAACAACUUACAUCUAGCAGCAAAGUUGACUCUUCGUUUUCAACUAGAUCGCAUCUCCGAUGCAGCUUCGCAGUUGCAAAGUGAAGUACGCUGGUUUAAGUCGGUGGAAGAAAUUGUUCCACAGUUCUUCAACGAACAGAAAAAUAAAGAUGGUGAAACUCCUUACCAAGUGUUUGUUAAAGAACAUAAGAACAUGUUAAAAGAAGCUGAAGAAUGGAUGAAGAAAACUGCAGAAUCUUCUACAGUCAUAGGUGCUCUUAUUAUAACUAUUAUGUUUGCGGCGGCUUUUACUGUUCCAGGUGGGAACGAUCAAAAUACAGGCUUCCCCAUAUUUUUGAACACAACGGAACCGGCAGAAUCUUUUACGGUUACACCGUUUAAGGUAUUCAUAAUAUCAGAUGCAAUUUCCCUUUUCACUGCAGCCAGUUCAGUGUUGAUAUUUUUGGGGAUUCUCAGUGCACGUUACGCUUAUGAAGAUUUUCUUAUGUCCUUGCCCAUGAAGUUGAUUUUUGGUCUUUCUUUUCUCUUCAUCUCUAUUGCAACAAUGACAGUAGCAUUUUGUGCUACUCUUUACGUGAUGCUACGAGGUCAACAGAAGGAAGUCAUUCCAAUAACUGUGCUUGCUGGUAUUCUUAUCACGUGCCUUGCGUUGGUGCAGCUUCCUCUUCUUCUUAAGAAUAUGGCUUUAACUCCUAGGCCAAACAUCUUUGAUAGAAAAACUGCAACAGCACAGGAAUUGCUUGCCAGUAAUAUUCCCAUCCUUUCAUUUGUGGUAGACGUAGUUAUCGAAAUAAAGGACCGACUGAUCAGCUAUCUAAGAAGCAGAAAAGGAUAGUCAUAGUUAAGUGUACUUUUUGUUUUUUUAGCUAUGUGGAGCAAUUAAACGAAUGUUGGCUAUAUAUUUUUUAGUUGGAACAAAUACUUGGUGGAUCG